UUAAGUCAGCGUUUGCCUCAACUAUCAUCUCGUACGUACUUAAGUCUACUGUAUAGGAAUUGACAGUACCGUUUCUCCAGUCAUGACGAAUCUAUGACGAACGCGCGAUAGUGAAAGGAUACCGCCAGCAGAAAAACCUCAAAUGAACGAACGAGAACAACGAUCAGGCGCAGUUUCGAUGGGAACAUAGCGCGAGUGACGUCGUCCGUUGUGUUUUAGAGAAAGAAGUUCAAACAACUUAGAAAUUGUUGUAUACAAAUUAUCAGAGUAUCAUGGAGGUACUGGAUCCAAGCGUAACGAGGGAUGAUCAACCUUUAUGUAUCAAUGAUUCCUUGAAAAAAGUUGUCGAUAAACAUGGAGCAGAGAUACCUGCAGACACCUCAUCAUGUCUCAAAGCAAGAUAUACAAUGGGUUUCUUGGGAUUUUUGGGAUUCUCAUUGGUUUACGCGAUGAGAGUCAAUCUUUCUGUGGCCAUUGUGUCCAUGGUCAACCAGACAGCAGUACCUUCUGAUAAUAACAAUGACACCAGCGAUACUUGUAAUGACACAAUGCCUAUAAAUGGCACGUUCAUUCCUAGUCCUGGAGAAUUUGACUGGGAUGAAAAAACUCAAGGAGUCAUACUUGGUGCGUUUUUUCUGGGAUAUGUAUUAACGAACGUUCCGGGUGGCCGAAUGGCAGAGAAAGUAGGUGGCAAAUUGAUUUUUGGUCUUGGCGUUUUUCUCACUGCCAUUCUUACCGUGAUCAGCCCUUUUGCUGCUUACUGGGGACUCGUACCAUUCGUGGUUGUUCGUAUUGCUGAAGGAUUUACCGAGGGAGUUACAUUUCCUGCAAUGCACACUAUGCUAGCACACUGGGUACCGCCAUUGGAACGUAGUAAAUUCGCUGCAAUUGUUUAUGCUGGGGCUAACUUUGGCACAAUAAUUUCUCUACCGGUGAGUGGUUGGCUAUGUUCAUUGGAAUUGUGGGGUGGCUGGCCCCUGGCAUUUUAUCUCUUUGGAACUCUUGGAAUUAUUUGGUACGGUUUUUGGCUUCUUUUUGCUUACGACACCCCAGCCCAUCAUGUCAGCAUCGAUCCCCAGGAAAGAGCAUACAUAGAAGCCUGUGUCGAGCCAAAGAAUGAGGGAGAAGAUCCAGGAGUACCAUGGCUCUCAAUAUUCACAUCACUGCCAGUAUGGGCUAUAACGAUUACUCAAUGUGGACAGUCAUGGUGCUUUUAUACUUUACUAACUGAAUUGCCUACAUAUAUGGCGAAGAUUCUUCAUUUUAACGUACAACAGAAUGCUUUUCUUUCGGCGUUGCCCUAUUUGAGUGCAUGGAUUGUCGGCUUACUAGUGUCUAGCUUCGCCGAUGCUCUUUUGGCCAGGCGAUAUCUGUCACCCUUAACUUCCAUGAAAUUGUGGAACACUGUCGGUUCUUUGGGACCAAGUCUCAGCUUCAUAGGUGCUAUCUGGGCAGGAUGUGACCGCGUUUGGGUGAUGAUGAUGCUAUCAGGUUUGGGAUCCUUGCAAGGCGCUAUUUAUGCUGGGAACCAGAUGAAUCACAUCGCUCUUGCGCCGCGGUAUGCAGGAACGUUGUACGGACUGACAAAUGCCGCUGCAAAUAUUUGCGGCUUCCUCGCACCUUAUAUUAUCGGCAAGAUAGUUGUCGGACAUGAAACCCUGGCUCGCUGGCAUUCUAUUUUUUGGAUUGCAGCUGGUAUAAAUAUCUUGACGAACUUUUUUUAUUUAAUCUUUGCUUCUGCGGAUGAACAGCCUUGGAGUGGAGGAUAUAGUCAAUGACGAUGUUCGACUAAAAGUACAAUUAUGCUUAAUUUGGCGUCCGGCGCUGGUCGUCCAAUCAAUCGCCUUGUCUUGAGCACAUUUUAGACAAUUAAUUGACGUUUGACCACAGCUUGGAUUUCAGCUGUGAUAAAUGGAUCCACUGUAUACUUCCGUUUCGAGAUUCUCAGGUGAGAAUGGAAUAAUAUUUACUUGAUAUAUCCUUAACGGUGGUUAAUCAGUCCUUUUACAUCCAUUAGGAUUUUUAUUUCCCUUUUUUUUCUCGGCUUACGGAAUACGGUAACUGUGAUCUCGCUGAUGCGAAUCUACGAUUCUAAUAUAUCUCUUUGUCGUGAAUUAUUAUGAAAUCUCUUCUAUCAUGAAUCGACGAAAUAUAUUCUAAUGGUAUAUCAGAUUCCACCAGUGUGACAUUUUGUGAUAUAAUUUGUUGAGUAUUUAAAUAAGUAUAAAUUUCACGAAUCCAAAGUGUACCUUUAAGGGAAAAAAAAUGUUUUCAAACGAAUCACUCAUGGAUAAUGCUCGAAAUUAGGUAUAGUAAUUGCUGUCUUCGAUUUAGCAUAAUAAUUAAUAAAUGAAACGGUACAAUAUAAAUCUCCGUUUAGGAAAACUGAAUGACUUGUAAUGCUAGGGAUUGGUUAAUGUUCGUGAAACUUUUUAUUACGUCACGAAUGAUCGUACCUAUCAUGGACAUUGGAAAUGAGAUACCAGUAGUCUAAAAAUUGUAUAAUUAAUAUUAUAAUACUAUGAUAUAGUACGUAGAUGGAGUAACUAGAUAAAAAGGAAAACGAUGCGAUUUCACGUGAUAAAAAUGCAAUUAAAAAAGAAACGUAACGGGAUGUUACGAUAAAGGUAACUGGACUUUUGUCGAUGUUUAACGUUCAAAUUGACAUAAAUAUAAUACGACAGUAAUUCUUUGUACGAGGAUAAUCUACUAAAUGGCUGCUCCAUUCCCCGUUCUUUUAUAAAACUGUAUAUAAGAAUAUAAAAAUCGCUUCUAACUUA